UGUCAUAACAUCAAAAUUUAGUUGUUUAUUAGAUUACCUAAAAUUAAUCUCGGAAAUCUUUCCUAAAUUAAAUUUUGAUUUUAAACUAUGGCUAGUACCGCUAAACUACAAAAGGAUAAGUUCCAUGGACCUCAACGUGCAGCGCCGCGCAUUGCUGCCGCGUCUUCUGGACGCGCCGCUCGCAGCGCCACCACCCGCGCGCCUGUUUCACCACUAAAGCAUAAAGCUGCAACUCUCCGCAGUCAACCUCGUUUAGAUCCAACAACUGACGAUAAGGUUAAUAAAAACUCUAACAAUGUAGUUGAUGUCCCACAUGCAGACACAGAAGCUAAUGUCAAUGAAGAGCAACAUAUUCUCCGUGAAAUUAUUGAUCCUAGUGAAGAAUCUGUAAGUGAAUCUACCAAAGAAGUAAAAGAAGAACCAAAUGACGGGAAUUCUUCGGAAACGCCUGCGAUAAACGAACUGCAGGAUUCUAUGAAAACUACAACGGGCGAUGAUUACAAGAUAGAAAAUGAAAGUGAAAUGAACCUAACCUCUGAAAAUGAAAAGGGGGAAACUGAACCCUCGUCUAAAGUUAGUAGUCGUCCUCAAACACCUAAAAGUGUGCAUUCGAAUUCUUCUCGAAAUACAAAAGUGUCAAGUCGGCCAAUGACGCCAUCAAAACCGGCGCCGGCGGCGAAGCCUACGCCUAGUCGUCCGCACACCCCUCGCCAGUCCGCUCUGCCGCGCCCCAAAAAUACAGCAUUGAAAUCCCCCGUACGACCAAAGCCACAGCAAAAGAAACCAGUAGUUAACGAGAACCAGGAUCCUAAUGAUAUUUCUACAGUGUUCGUUACUAAACAAGAGGAAUUUCAUAGAUUAAAGAAGGAGCUGGAUUUGAAACAGCAAGCUAUAUUGGAAAUAUUCAACAACCUGCAAAAUUUACGGGACCGUAUGAUAAAGGAAGGUAAAUCUGGCGAAGGCGAGGGAUUGAACCAACACGAGCUGAUGAUCUUCAACGUAGCGGACUGGGCAGCUACGGAAGUUGCACAAUUGGUGCGCAACUGCAAUCCCGCCGCGGAGGGCGCGGGCGAAAUUAUCAAAGCAAUUGCGCCUAUUGACGAUGACGUUUUAACCGAAUGGGAUAGAAAGGUGUUGAAUUUGCCCGGAAGUUUUGCCGACUUAUGUUUACAAUCUUUCACCGCACGACAAGAGGUUAUAGAUUGGGUCAAAGAAAUAAUAGCAAACCAAGAGACGAUAAACGAAGAGGACUUGAACCGCAUAACUAUCUACAAUAAGCAGGGGCUUGACCUGUGCGAACAGCUUGGCGAUCUUAAGACCGAAGCUGACGCUUCCUUACAAGGAAUUACGCAACUAUUAAAACGCGCAUGCCAAGAACGUGGGCUAUUGAUAACUGUAGGAGAAUCGCUGGUGAAGCAAAUUGCCCGUCUACGGCAAGACAUCACAGUUAACGCAGCCAUAGCCAUGGAGAUUAAUACUGCUAAUUCAACUGAAACAGAAUUAGUUAAAGCACUGGAGGAUACUCGUUUCGAGCUGGAAGAGGAACGUGCUUCUAAAACGAUUCUUAAAGACAAGCUGGCGACCGCGGAGUCGCAGCUGCGCCAGACGCGAUUAAGAGUUAACAAAAUGGACCGGCAGCUACGGGAAGCAGAAGCUAGUAUAGCUAGUCUUACAAUGACAGUAAAAUCACUGGAAGACCAGAGUCGACAAAAGGAAGUGCAGCUAGAAGCACGUGCAAGAAAGUUAAAAGAAUCUCUGAAGACUGGGGAGAUGACAAAUAAUCACGUAAUACAACAGCGUGACGCUCUGCAGACAGAGUUAAAUGAAAUGAAAGAUCAAUUGCAAAGAAAUGUUUCGGAUAGUCAAAAUACAAUACAGGAAUUGAAUAAUAAAAUCAAAGAACUGAAAUCGACUCUCGAAGAAGAGAGAAGGAGGAAGCAAGAAGAAACAGAAAUGAAGAUAAUGUUCGAAGAGUCUUAUAGAGAAAGUUUGAAUACUAUUGAAGAAUUGAAAAUGCAAAUAGUUGACCUUGAAAAUAGCAAACCAAAUCCAGAUCUUCCAACUGAAAGGGAAAUGGAAUUAAGAGCAGAUCUUAUCGCAACGAAAGACACAUUGCGAUCGACAGAAGAAGAAAUUAUUGCUUGCAAACGUGAAAAAGUCCGCUUUUUGGAAACGCUCACAAAAAUCACAGAAUCUGAUAACAAAAUGGGAAUGCAACAGAAACUGGCGGGCGAGCUCCUAAGCAAGGAAGAACUAAUUAGCAAGAUGCAAUCACAAAUUAGAGAAUUGACGAAAAACAUAAAACUAAAUGAACAAAAAGUUUUACAAUAUGAGCAAUAUGUAAGAGAUAUGCAAACUUGCGUUCCAGUUUCAGCAAACGGACAAGAUCCAUCUAAUAGUACUGCAUAUCAAGAAUUACAGCAAGAGAUAAUGAAUCUUAGAAUGGGACUCCUAGAAGCAGUUCAUAGAAACGAGGAGUUAACUGAAAUGUUGAUGCAAAAAGAACAACAGUUGGAACAGCAGGAUAAGACGUCACGUGCCCAGGCAAGGGUCAUCAAGGUCCGGGAAGAAUUGAUCAACAUGCUUCAGAAUAAAGAGACUGAACAAAGUCGUGAACUGUCCAUUCUACAGCAAGAUCUUGAACAUCGAAUGAAGAUUGUAGACGAGGUAAACAAACAAAUAGCUGCAAAGGCGGAAGAAAUUCAGGAGUUAUUCUCGACGUUAGAGAGCAAACAGCAACAGAUCCAUCGAUUGGAGAAAAUAGUUUUGGCACUGGAAGAGCAGCAGAGACGAGCGCAGGCGCAACGCACUCGGCACGAAGAGAAAAUUGCUGCUCUCGAACAUGAGAUAGCAGCUGGUGGCAUUAGGAGAGAACGAAAAUUUUUGUUCUUUUAAGAAUCAUCAAAAUUGCGUCGUUGUCCAAAUUGUCCUCGUGAAUGUGAAUCUUGACACAGUAACAUGUUUUUUGAAAUCGUUUUCGUUGUUGGAUUACUAUUGAAAUAA